AUGGCUCAGCUAUUGUGCACAAGAAUUAUCACCCCCAACAUAGCAGAUAAUGAGACAGAGACAUCCCCAGUAUGCCUGGAGCUUGUUUUCAUUAGUGUUUUUUCUAGGAGGAGACUUCAUGAUCUUUCAAGACCUAAAAAACAAUGGGGAGUCCCAGAUAGAAGACUGGUUUGGGGUAACCAAGAUACUAUUUGCCCUAUUUCCCGAUUUGCAUUGAACAGUCAUUUGAACAAAAGACUAGAAAGCCUUGCUGAACCCAAGGAGGUCUUCUACAGAUAUGUACCUGACAGAAUUCAGUAUAACUUUGGCUGUGGUAGACCAUCCGUUAUCUGGGAAAUUCCUUCUCCUGCAUUGUUUGCUCAGCCCUCCAAAAGGCUCCAGAAGCUAGCACAGCCCAACAAAUUCAAGACAAACAUGCAACCAGAUAGUCAACCCAAAGAUCACUUAAACCUUCGAAUAUCUGAUCCUUCUCCUCGAAUAUUACGUCUCUCAAUAGCCAAAGCCUUAGACCCAAACUAUCAACCACCAAGAAAUAUUGAAACCAAGAUUUCUGUUUCAACCCUGAAAGCAAUUGCUAGUCCAAGGAUUAUAGACCUUGCCCAUCCAAGGAAGAAAAUAGAGGGUCUAUGCUAUGAAAGAGAAAAACUUGAGAUACCCAUUCGUCCAAUAUCCCGGGCUGCUUUACAAGCCCAGCUUAGCCCCCGCAUAGUAUCACUUGCAAAGGCUAGGCCUCUUCAUGAAGAUUAUCUGCCAGCCCGUGAAACCUAUUGGCCAGUAUCCUAUGCUGCUAUUAAUUCCAAAGUAUCUCCCAGAAUUCAAGAACUAGCUAACCCAAAUACAAGGUUUCCUAUGCAUAUUGUAUAUUAUGAUCCUGAAGUCUUUAAAGUCAAGCCAAAUGCUUUGAAAGCACAUUGUUCUCAAAGGAUCGAAGAAUUGGCAAUACCUAUUACACGACCAUAAGAGAAAUGGCAAAGCUCCAUCAAAUACUUGGCUACUAUUCUUGGUUCA